CCUCGAAUUAAAUGUGAUACCAAAAACACAAGUCUGUGGGGUUUACCCUCUGUGGUCCACAAAUCCCAGGAGGACUUUUGUCCUCCAGCUCCCAACAUUGUGUUGGUUAACCCAUCCUCCAAAUCUCAUGUUUCAAUCUUCAUCCUUCCUGGAAAUUAUCCCCUCUCAGAUGAUGUUCAGAAGAAACUAGACCACCACCUUCGAAAGAAGCAUAUCCAACACUUGUGGGGCCUGCCCUGCAGAGUCUAUGCAUCCCUGUCACUGAUGCAUCCUCUGGAAAAAAUUCCUGAGACCUCUGAGUCAAAGAGCAGUUGUGGCCUCUCAAGAAAGUCUUUGGAAAAGAGACAGAGCACCAAAGAUAUAAAUAAGGGGAGCUUGAGCCAACCCAGAAACCUUCAUGAACUGAGCUCAGGAAUGCUUCCUCUAAAGAUGGGAGUGAGGAAGGCACAGAGAGAUGGUACCAAGAUUGAGCAAAAUCGUCAUGUGCUGAGUGACCAACAUAAUGUUCUGGGGUCUUCCUCAAGGAAGGACCUAGAAUGUCACUUGCAGAGUCCAUCAGGUGGAACUCCAAGUACCUCAAUGAUGAAUCCAAUUCAGAAACAACUUGAAAAUGCUUUGAACUCCCACCUGAGCAAGAAGUUUCAGGAAAUCAAUGAGGGUCAGAUUCCUGACACUGUGCAUAGGUCAUGGCAUUCUAUCAAGUUGGCAUUGCCUGUAAGUGAGAAAUACACCAGACAAACGAGUCACAAACCUUUGGCACCAACCAGGACAGACAGCUCUGUCAAUUCUACCCAGGCUAUUUCCUUCCUGGAUGCUGGCAAGAAGAGGAUGAUGGAAUACCACAUUAAACUGUUUCAUAAGAGGUUGAUAUAUGGCCUUUAAACAGGGUUCAGGAAUCC